UCUGGGGGGAGGGCAAACCCUGGAGGGAGGUGAGAACUCGCGCACGCGCAUACCAAAUGAACCGCAAGGUAUUUUAAAGCCCCGCCCAUCUUCCACCACUCCGAGAUCUGAGUGGCUGCCGAGUCACGGCGGUUCCACUUUCAUUGGUCUGAGAGCCGGUCCAUCCGGCCGGGGACCCCGGAUUUCCGAUUCGGACAGCGGCGUUGCUGUGGAGAUGGUGCGCUUCAAACACCGGUACCUGCUGUGUGAGCUCGUGUCCGAGGACCCUCGCUGCCGCGCCUGCUUGGAAGAGAGGAUCCUGUUCAACCUCGUGCGGGACGCCAUCGCCCGGGCUCACGGGGCCUUCGGCGCUGCCGCUUGUGCCCUCGCCUUCACGGUGAAGUACCUGAAUGCCUACACUGGGGUAGUACUACUUCGAUGUCGGAAAGAGUUCUACCAGCUCCUGUGGUCAGCUCUGCCCUUUAUUACUUAUUUAGAGAACAAGGGACAGCGAUAUCCCUGCUUCUUCAACACACUGCAUGUAGGAGGGACAAUCAGAACCUGUCAGAAGUUCUUGAUUCAGUACAACAGGCGUCAGCUUCUGAUCUUAUUGCAAAAGUGCACCAAUAAAGAAGAACGGGAAUCCAUCAAAAAGUCGGUCAUGAGCUGUUCAUUAGAACAGCAGGAAGAUGAGCUUUCAGGAAGUGAAAGUGAGGAGGAUGCCACAGAAAUGGAAUGAGUGUCUGAUGGGAUGUCCUUCCCAAAAGCAAUAAAGUUUCUAUUCCCCACCUAAAUCCCAGCUAACAGUGGAUUCAACCCAGACACCUUGGGCACAUAGGCACAUAGCCUCCCUGUUCUUUCAGAAGAUUCAGGAGUAAAAUUCUGCUGGUCAAGAACCAUGAGUUUAUGAAACGAAAACUAUUUUCAAACCAGAUUUCCUGCUGUUUAUACUUUAUUCAAUAAUUUUUGUUGCUGUGAAUAAAUACCUUCUUGAUCCCUUUUAAAGUGGUUCUCCAGUUUACUUAGAAGCUGUUGGCAGAACAAUGCAGUCAGGACUCCCUCCUCCAAUGCCACCACAGAAGUUAUUCAUCAUAACGUAUCUAGCUGAUACUUCUUCCCUUGUUUUUAGGAAAAUCUUAGUAUUAUUAAGUGAGAUCAAAAAGACAUUGCAGAGCAGCUAGGUAGCUCAAUGGAUUAAGAGCCAGGCCUGGAAUCAAGAGGUCCUGGGUUCAAAUGUGGCCUCAGCCACUUCCUGUAUGACCCUGAGCAAGUCACUUAACUCCCAUUGCCUAGUCCUCACCAUUCUUCUGUCUUAAAAUUGAUACUAAGACAGAAGAUAAGGGUUUAGAAAAGAAAAUAAAAACAUGUUUGAUGCUAUUAAAUGUAAUUUGUAUUAAA